GUGAACCCAGCCUACCUUUUCCCUCCUCUCUUUCUCUCUCUCUCUCUCCAACUCCAAAGUUUCGGUUUUUAUUUUAAUUUCUUGCCGACCAGAAAAAGAGAGCAAGAAAUAGGAAAUUAAAGAUCAAAACUUUGAUGAGUUAACUCACUCCCCAAUCUCGUUCUUGCCACUUUGUCCAUAUUUUUUUGGGUUCCUCAACUGUUUGCAAAUGCAAGACCUCUUCGGAUCAGUUCGCCGUUCACUGGUGUUCCGUCCAACCCCAGAGAAUAACAAUAACACCCCAGAAAAUAGUCCUCCAUUGGCAAUCACAGCCAAUGCCUUUGUUGAAAAGAUAAAUUCUUGCAUCCGCAAAUCACGGGUUUUCUCCAAGCCUUCAUCUCCGUCGCCUUCUCCUCCUCUGAUCCGAUGGCGCAAAGGAGAGUUGAUUGGGUCUGGUGCCUUUGGCAGGGUUUAUAUGGGCAUGAACCUUGAUUCCGGAGAGCUUCUUGCUGUCAAAGAGGUGCUAAUUGCAGCAAACAGUGCUUCAAAGCAAAAAACACAGGCUCAUAUUAGGGAGCUCGAGGAAGAAGUAAAGCUUUUAAAGAAUCUCUCACAUCCAAACAUUGUUAGAUAUUUGGGAACAGUGAGAGAGGAGGAAACUUUAAAUAUCUUGCUUGAAUUCGUGCCUGGUGGAUCAAUAUCAUCCCUUUUGGGAAAAUUUGGACCCUUCCCUGAAGCUGUGAUAAGAAAAUACACAAACCAGUUAUUAUUGGGCCUCGAGUAUUUACACAGCAAUGGAAUUAUGCACAGGGACAUUAAGGGGGCAAACAUCUUGGUAGAUAAUAAGGGAAACAUUAAACUUGCUGAUUUUGGUGCUUCCAAACAGGUCGUUGAACUGGCUACCGUUACUGGUGCCAAAUCUAUGAAGGGUACUCCAUAUUGGAUGGCUCCUGAGGUCAUUUUGCAGACAGGACAUAGUUUUUCUGCUGAUAUAUGGAGCGUUGGCUGUACGGUAAUUGAGAUGGCCACUGGAAAGCCUCCUUGGAGCCAGCAAUACCAAGAGGUUGCUGCACUCUACCAUGUCGGGACAACAAAGUCUCAUCCACCUAUUCCGGAGCAUCUUUCUUCUGAAGCGAAAGAUUUUCUGCUGAAAUGCUUGCAAAAGGAACCAGAGUUGAGGCAAGUAGCAUCUGAACUACUAAAGCAUCCCUUUGUUACUGGAGAAUCCCUGGACAAUCUUGUUUUGCAUUCUCCAAUAAUGGAUAAUUCGGAAAUCCCUUCACCAUACACUAAGAAUGAAGAACUUCAAGUUUCAAGGUGCCAUGACUCAGCUGAUAUCUGUAAUCUGGGUAGUCUGAACUGCUCAAAUGCAUUCGUCGAGAAGUUUUCAGAAAGCAAAGAUUGGAGACUGAACUGCAGUGAAGAUGAUAUGUGUCUGAUUGACAAAGAUGAUUCAAUGGUGAGCAAAGUAGCGCUUUGUUCUGCUUCAAUGCUUGAUAACGUUAACCAGAGUUCUGAUCCCAGUCAUGAAGAUCCUGAAAUGGUACCAGUCGGUUUCCCUACUACUUGUGGUGAAGAGGGAAAUAAUUUUUCAUAUACCAGUGGGCCAUCUUUCUUUGAAGAUGAUGAUGAACUCACUGAAUCAAAAAUUAAAGCUUUUCUGGAUGAGAAGGCUUUGGAACUAAAGAAGCUGCAAACACCAUUAUAUGAAGAGUUCUACAACAGCUUUAAUUUAUCAUGCUCCCCAAGUUUUGUUGAGAAACGUGAUGAGACACCGUCAAAUUACUUGAAAUUACCUCCUAAAAGUAGAUCCCCAAGUCGAGCUCCCGUUGGCACUCCAUCUUCUGCAACAGAUGCUAUUAGUACAGGAAGUCCACGUAGUAAUAAUAGCAGGCGCGUAUCAAAUGUUGGUAAUGCUAGUGAACAAGCUCCACAGGACAAUUCACCACCUCAGCAUGGUGAUUGGAAAGGGCUUCUAGUUGAUGGCCAGCCAGAACCGAACAGCCCAAGUUUAAUAUUCUCUGAGAGACAAAGGAAGUGGAAAGAAGAGCUUGACCAAGAGCUUGAGAGAAAGCGAGAGAUGCUUCGCCAAGCUGGUUUGGGAGGGAAGACUUCUUCACCCAAGGAUAGAGCAUUAAACAGGCAAAGAGAUCGGACAAGGUUUGCAUCUCCAGGAAAAUGAGUGCAUUUUAGCGUAAACAGCACCUCCUGUGAAGUACCUACACGAGUUCAUCUUAACAUUUACAUUUAAUUUUCAGUGAGCUUCUUCCGGCUCUCAGGAAAACAGUUGCACCCUAUACAAAUUUGUCAUUUUUCAACCAGGGAAAUCUGCCCUUUUGAAGGCGAUAGCCGAUGUUUGUUACUCAAACAUAAUAUAUAUAUAUAUAAUACUUUUCCUUUGUUCCCCCUUGUGGUUUUACUGGUUUUGAGAGGUUUGGUAUACUUUUCCGUAAGUUUGUCUAGUGCAUAUAUGUAUUACUGAUGUAGAAUAAUAAUGAUGAGAUUUUGCUAAAAGCAUUGUAAUCUU